AUGUCAAAACAAUUGGACGCUGAUGAUAAGGGCAAACCUCUGCGGCGAAGUCCAAGAUUGGCGGCGAUGGUAAAUCCAAAUGACAAGGACUGCCCACUAUGUGACCAGAAUAACAACAUGGAAAUGGUCGAAUGUGUACAGUGCCAAAAACGGUUUCAUUUUCAAUGUGUUGGCGUAGAUUCAACGAUUGCCAAAAUUCAAUGGAUUUGCGAAAAUUGUAAACAAGAAAAUAAGAGCAAGGCGAAUACGUCUGUUAAAUCGUCGACAUCAUCGAGACGUCACAGACUCCAGUUGGAAAAACUAGCCAAGGAAAAGGCCAUCCAAGAUGAAUUAAUGGAACAGAAAAGAAAGCUGGCUGAGGAACAAGCCGCACUGAACCAAGUAUUUCUCGAGAAGGAAUACGACAUUCGAGACAACAUGUCUGAAUCUGACGAUGACGAAGUAUCCAAUGCAACCGAGAGCAAAGACAAAUACGUCGCCGACUGGUUAACACAAGCGGAGGAUGGUCAUCCACAACAAGACGGUCCCAGUGAGACCGUGCAAACUCUAGAUCAAGGCGAGCAAGUCCUAGACGGGUCAGUGAAUGACCAGUUUACGUAUACGAUGAUCGGCGGAGGUGUGACAACACAAGCUGAGGAACGAACGAUGUUAAAUCCAGCUGUGUCGCUCUUUCAAUUACCCUUCGCUCAUAUCCACACACAACAAAGUGGACCAAUUCCACCACCGUUUGUAUUGGACAUCGUGAACCAACAACGUCAGAAGGCAAUUUCAAGCAGAUUCGCUGGACUGACAAUAAAAUCGCCGACAACAUUUGCGUCAAAUACGACUCAUAACCCAGCUGCGUUAAGUCAAACUCAAACGACGAUAGCAGUCUCAAACCAGCAACGGUCAUCCGCGUCAACUAAGACCCAACCGUUGUCUAAUAAAACGGCAACGACACAGGGAAAUGCAACGACGAAAAACAGUCAAGUUCGUAAAUUACUACCUGUUUGUACACCACAAACCUCACCGAUCGUUAACUCAUCACCAGCAGUUACCGUAUCCAACCCGAAUGUAACUACUCCGAAUACGAGUCACCCGGACCAGAAUUCGCCGAUAACAAACGUAACGACGUCGACUACCGUUACGACGAACACAGGUACAUCAGGCCAUCAAAUACCACCCUGGUCGAAUCAGUGCAAUCCGACGUCAAGUCACCUACAACCGAUCGCUUCACACAGUACGAGUCAACAGUUUAACCCGAAUUUACAGCCAAUUUCGGGGUUGGGUCAAAGCAAUAAUCUGAGUGGACAACCGAUAGUGGGAAUGAACAAUACGUCAAAUAUGUUCGGAAUUAAUGUGCGAACGAUACCCGGACCUAACAACAUUGGUGCGACAAACCAAGCACCGCCGAAUAACAAUCCUCAACAUGCACCUACUCGCUUACAAUUAGCGUCUAGACAAACGAUGCCGAAAGAGUACCCUAAGUUCAACGGAGACCCAACGAAGUGGGCGAUAUUUUACAGUACGUUUGUCAACUGUACAAAUGAGUGUGGUCUGUCAAAUGCCGAGAAUCUGGGCCGAUUAGUGGCGUGUUUGGAAGAACCAGCGGUGAAUGCUGUAAAGAACCUGCUCACUAGACCUGAAGCGGUUCCCGAAGUAAUUGGAACACUACAGAUGCUAUAUGGACGUCCAGAAGCGAGCAUUGAGGCUCAGUUAGAUACUAUCAGAAAGUCACCGCCACCAAAAAUGCAUUUGAUGCAAACGUUCAUCGACUUUGCUAUGGCGGUUCGCAACGUCUCCAGCGAGAUACAAAGUUCCGGCAUGUGGCAAUAUCUCUACGAUCCACGAACGCUGAAAGAGCUAACCGAUAAACUUCCUUAUCACAUGCGAUUGGAAUGGGGCGAAAUAAUGGUAUCAAUGCCAAACGUCAAUUUGAGCCAUUUCAGCGACUGGCUAUUCGCCCGAGCAAAGAUGGCUUGCGCAGUCACCCUGCCUACACCUUUCGAUAAGAAAACCAAUAAAACGAAUUCCGACAACCACGUCAACACUCACUCAAAAGACAAUGGUUCCGAUAAGAAAACUGAAACGAAUGCUUCGAAACGCUCAAAAAAUUCCAAUGAGAAAGUCUGCGACGUGUGUAAUAAGAACUCACACUAUACAAUCGACUGCCGUAAAUUUCUCGCCAUGGCGCUAAGUGAUCGAUGGGAAUGUGUAAAAAACAAAAAGCUAUGCAAAAUCUGUUUGGGAAAUCACCAUAUCCAACGUUGUGAAUCGAAGCUGCUGUGUGGCGAAUCGGGAUGCACCAUCAAACAUCACCGACUACUUCACAAUUCGACUAAGGUAGAAGUACCGCCGAAAACACCUGCUAAGAAAGAUGAAACGGAGGCGAACAACGUGCACAGUGCUCAUCAAGUCAACAAAAUUGUCGUUCUACGACGUUACAUUCCAGUGGUGUUACACGGACCGAAGGGGUCGAUAAAUGUUAUCGCAUUUUUCGAUGAUGGGUCUGACAUGACUCUGGUGGAACAUUGGGUCGCACAAAGACUAGGAAUCACAGGCAAACCCGAAGAAUUGUACUUAAAAUGGACCGCAAAAAUCGUUCGCAAAGAGCCAAAUUCCCAGUCAAUCGAUUUCGAGAUCUCGGGCACUCAUAACGCCAAUAAACGAUAUCGAAUCACCGACGUUAGAACUGUCAAAUCAUUAAGUCUUCCACCGCAAACCGUAAACGCAGAAGAGAUGAAAAAUGAAUUCAAGUUCCUGAGACGACUACCAAUUGAAAGUUACAACAACGAAACGCCGAAAAUACUAAUUGGCCUCAAGGAUUGUAAACUUUCAACUCCACUCAAAAUACGCAGCGGAAAAUGGGAAGAACCGAUAGCAGCGAAAACGUUAUUGGGCUGGGAGAUACACGGCAACAACUCAUCAUCAGCCGAAGUAACCCAUCUGAAUUUUCACAACACCAAUGAUACGUUUGGAGACGAAAACCUACACAAAUUGGUGGAGCGUUUCUUCUCAAUUGAAAAUUUUGGGGUAAAAGCACCAGAACAGACAAUCGAAGCUCUAUCCGAUAAACGUGCUCGUCAUCUACUGGAGUCGACUACAAAACGAAUCGGCGACAAAUUCGAAACGGGCCUACUGUGGAAAUACGAUGACAUCUCUCUACCGAAUAGCCUGCCCAUGGCAACAAAACGUCUCGAAUCACUGGAAAAACGCUUAGACAAAGAUCCAGAUCUAGCAAUCAAGUUUCGAGCAAAAUUCAACGAAUAUUUGGAAAAGGGCUACGUCCGUAAGUUAAACGCCAAAGAAGUUGAGGACACCGAUAAAAGGACCUGGUACCUUCCUCUGUUUCCGGUGACAUAUCCGAAAAAACCAUCGAAAAUCAGACUGGUUUGGGACGCCGCGGCCAAAGUCGGCAACAUUUCGUUAAAUUCAAUGCUAUUGUCUGGCCCAGAUUUGCUUGUACCGCUACCGGGAGUAUUGUACAGAUUCCGUGAAAAGCGAAUCACCGUAACCGGCGACAUCAAAGAAAUGUUCCACCAGGUGAACAUGCGAAUUGGAGACCAGAAGUCACAACGAUUCCUAUAUAGAGAUGCCGGUUCAUCCAAGAUCGACGUUUACGUGUUACAAGUGAUGAGCUUCGGAGCUGCAUGUUCUCCAUCGUCGGCACAAUACGUCAAGAACCGUAAUGCACGCGAGUUCAAAGAAUAUUAUCCAAAAGCCGAAGAAGCGAUCCGAACAAACACAUACGUAGACGACUGGCUACAAUCGUUUGACACUGAAUUGGAAGCGGAAUGCAUUGCGAAAGAAGUCAAGUUCGUACACUCACAAGGAGGAUUCGAGAUCAGAAACUGGCUAUCGAAUUCUGAAAAUGUCAGCCGCAGUCUAGGAGCUCUAACCGAAAACGAACAAAAAUUGAGCUUCGAAAUGGACGAAAACCAAACCGAAAGAAUUUUGGGAAUGUGGUGGCAAGUGCAGCAGGACAAGUUCACAUAUUCACUGAAAUUCAACCCAAUCAACAAAGCCAUUUUAACUGGUAUUCGUAGACCGACGAAACGUGAAGCUCUACGAACGUUAAUGACAAUAUACGACCCUCUGGGAUUCCUGGCCGCAUAUCUCGUACAACUGAAAAUGAUUCUGCAAGAUAUUUGGCGCGCUAAGAUUAGCUGGGACCAACAAAUACCAGAAAACGAUCCAGACCAGCUGUACACUCGGUGGUCAUUUUGGAUAAAACAAUUGCCUGACAUCGAACGCGUCAACAUCAAUCGACAUUACUCGGACAAAAUCGUGGAAAUGAAUCCGACCAAAAUCGAACUUCACGUGUUUGUUGAUGCAAGCGAGCUGGCCUACGCAACAGUGGCGUUCUUUCGGAUCGAAGAUAAAGUUGGUGUCGAAUGCGCUCUGAUAGGUGGAAAGACAAAGGUAGCUCCUCUCCGACCGCUAUCCGUACCAAGAAUGGAACUACAAGCUGCUGUUCUGGGAGCGAGAUUCAAAAAUACCAUUGUGCAAAAUCACACGCUAAAAAUCACGCGAACCAUUUUCUGGACCGACUCUUCGACAGUCCUCAGCUGGCUGAGAUCCGAUCUACGACGAUACACACAGUACGUAGGCGCAAGAAUAUGCGAAGUCCUAGAAACGACUGCACUAUUUGAAUGGAGAUGGAUACCGUCACAUUUGAACGUUGCCGACGACGCCACCAAAUUCAAAAACUCGUCUAACCUAGAGAUGAAUUGCAGAUGGUUCCGUGGACCGGACUUCCUGUUCCAAUCUGAAGAACACUGGCCGACAAUGGGCGAAGUCUCAGACACAAACGAAGAAAUCCGACCGAAAUACGUGAAUACACACACCAUACACGAAGCCGACAAGUUGGCAAUAAAGUUCGAAAGGUUCAUCCAAUGGCAACGUACGAUGGCAUUCGUAUGUCGAUUUGUCAACAAUAUAAGAGCCAAGCUCGAGAAAGUUGGUUUCGAAGCACAGUAUGGACGUCUAACCAGUGAGGAACUCCAAGAUGGAGAAAACGCCCUGAUCAGAAUUGCUCAAGCCAACGAAUUCACUGCAGAAAUCGAACAAUUAUUGGAAAAGAAGGUCGAUGCAAAAGGCCGUCGAAUGACAGUGGACAAACGAAGUCCGAUCUACCGAUAUUCGCCAUAUCUGGACGAAUCAAAGAUACUGCGAUUGCGUGGAAGAAUCGACGCCAUUUCGAAUGUGUCGCUGGACCAAAAACGACCAAUAAUUUUACCAACGAAAAACCAGAUCACUGAGCUCAUCGUCAACGAUUAUCAUCGUCGAUAUCAGCAUCAAAACACGGAGACAGUGAUAAACGAAGUAAAGCAAAAAUACGUCGUCCCGAGACUUAGAGUCGUACUCAAACGAAUACGGCGAAAUUGUCAACAUUGCAAGAAUAUAGCAGCUCGACCGAAUCCACCGGAAAUGGCGCCGCUUCCAAUAGAAAGACUCGCUUCAUUUACAAGACCGUACACUUUCGUUGGCAUUGACUACGCCGGACCAUACAAAAUCGUCCAAUUCAGAAGAACUGUGAAACGAUGGAUUGUUUUGUAUACUUGCCUCACCAUACGUGCAGUAUAUAUCGACGUAGCCGAAUCAUUGGAAAGCGACUCCUGUAUUAUGUCGAUAAGACGCUUCAUCGCUCGUAUUGGCACGCCGUCAAAGUUCUUCAGCGAUCGUGGAACAACCCUAGUCGGAGCGGACAAUGAACUUGCAAAGGAAAUACGGAAAAUUGAUCACGAUCUGCUAAACGUUACAUUCACCACUUGUUACACUGAAUGGCAUUUCAACCCUCCGUAUGGACAACAUAUGGGCGGUACUUGGGAGCGAUUAAUUGGUUCGAUGAAGGUAACGCUCGACAAAAUUCUCCCGACAUCGCAUUACCCAAAUCACGAAACGUUCAUCACUGCGCUAGCCGAAGUCGAGAACAUCAUCAACUCAAGGCCACUGACCUUCGUAUCAAUUGAACCAGAUGAUCAAGAAGCGCUCACUCCCAAUCACUUCUUGAAAGGAUCGUCAAAUGGAAACAAACCGCCUGGCAUCUUCCCACCACUUCCUACGACGUUACGAGGCAAUUGGCGAUACGCACAGCAAAUCGCAAACGAGUUCUGGAAGAAAUGGGUCAAAGAGUACCUGCCGAUGAUCACUCGACGCACUAAAUGGUUCGACAAUGUGAAACCAAUCGAAGUCAGUGACCAAGUUAUCAUAGUCGACGAAGACGCUCCACGGAACACAUGGGAACGAGGCGUGAUAAUCGAAGCUCUGGAAUCCAGCUCAGACGGACAGAUUCGUCGGGUCAAUGUUCGAACGAUGAAUGGGAUCUACAACAGACCGGUUAGUAAGCUGGCAGUGCUUGACAUCAGUGAAUCGAAAGCUAAGCCCCUCACCCAUGAGACCUUAGCAGGGGGGAGUGUUGCUGCCAGCACUGCAGAUCGUUGCGAAACGCAACCUAACUAG